AUGGGUGAUCCAGAACAGCUACCAUCUCGGGUCCACGAGCUUGAACACCGUGUCACAGAAACCAAUUCCGAGGUCCGAGAGAUCAAGGAUGAAAUCAGAGAGCUUCGGCGCCUGAUGGAGAUGUUCCUUUCUAACAGAGAAAGGAACGCCGACGAAGCAGCAGCCACCAGCAAUCGCCAACCAGACCCGUUGGAAUCAUCCAAUGAACAGCAGACCACCGGUCAGGGAGCCACCAUUAUUCCAAAAUAUAGCAGAUUGGAGUUCCCAUCCUACAACGGCAACGGAGAUCCCCUGGGUUGGUUGCACAGGUGCGAACAGUUCUUUCGCAACCAACGAACUGAUGACCGCGACAAGGUUAGCCUGGCUGCCUUCCACUUAACAGAAGAAGCCCAGCUCUGGUUCUACCGAUUGGAGCAAGAAGAACCCGGGCUCGGCUGGGCACAGUUCAAGUCAUAUUGCCUUCUUAGGUUCGGGCCUCCRCUGACAAGUAACCCCUUGGGCGAGCUGAUCAAUCUCAAACAAACGGGAACAGUGGCAGAGUACCAACGCCAGUUCCAAACCCUCCUCGCCAGAGCAUCAUUCGUGCGUCCGGACCAGCAGGUAGACAUGUUCACAGCCGGAUUAUCAGAACCCCUGAGGGUGGAUGUAGAGAUGCAGAACCCUCCAAAUCUAGUAACAGCCAUGAACCUAGCCCGUGCGUUCGAACGCAAGUUGCAACUCAGACGCGGGACCAUCAGCAAAGGGCGACCAUCGACCUCAUGGGCUCCCCCGAGAUCAACCGUAGCAAAUCCCCUUCCUUCGGCCAACAGAGAAUAG